AAACUCCAAGAUGUUUGACACGCACUGGCGUCUCUGGCUAGACAGCUCAAAAUUUCACUGCCGUGCACGACGGUCGCCAUAAUUCCCGUAGGUUUCUAGCCGCUGCAGUCAUCAAGCGUCCGUGCCACGCGUUGCUCAGUGGCGCCUGCUGUUAAACCCGCGAAAGAAUGAGCUGGGCGCCGCGAACGUGCGAACCAAUCGUGCUGAACGUCAGCACCUCCGACGGCGCGGAGCUCUUUGAGAGCGAGCUGCUGGCGACGGGCGUACAGUCCGCCAAGUGUAGCAUCGAGACGACGGCGGCCUCUGGGCCUACGCCCCCCGCGUCCCAGGCCUCGGCCGCCUCGCCGACGAUGCGGCCCACAGCGGCGCUCAAUGACGAGCAACGCCGCUCGAGACACAACGCUAACGAGCGGCGUCGCACGAACGCGCUCAAAACACGAAUCUUGCAGAUGCGCGAAGAGAUGGAGGCGCUGGAGCGCCAGCGCGCGAGACUCAAACUCGAGGCGCUGUCGCAGAACCCAGCGCUUCUGGACACCAUCAGUCUCAUUGACCAGCUCCGUCAGGAGCAGCAGGAACUGCGUAAGAAACUGCGUGCUUACGACAUGCAGAACAGCACGUACCAGACUAUUCUGUCCGAGUACGGAGCCUCUUCGUCAUCAUCGGGGAUCUCGGACUCUCACUACGAUUCAGAUGACAAGGAUUCCAACGAGGAUCGGCUGGUGGAAGCCCCCAUCUUCCAACGUGUACUGUUCCGUCGCCCCUUGUCACUAGACGUCGUCAUGGCUUGCGUCAAAGAGAGCUACGAGAGUAUCAUGGCCUUCCGUGCCGAACGCGACUUUGAAUCCCUGGACACGGAGGUGCUGGGAUGGAGCGACAAGCGCAUUCUGAACGCCAGUUCACUGCGCUUUAUGCUCUCGCAGCAGUUCGAGUAUGUGCCGCCCUCGGAGCUCGUGUACAAGACGUGGAAUCUGCUCACAGACUUUAAACUCUAUCGUCACAUGCAACCGCGUACAGUGGCGUUAGAGAUGCUGCAGCGUGUGACCGACGACUGCGCUAUUGUGCGGCUGAGCGUAAGCAACGGCGACAAGGUGCACCACUCGAUCCUCCUGAUCGCUCGCGGCCGCAUCGACGGCGGAUACCUCAUCACGUAUCGCUCCAUUCCGCUGUCCGAAGGCCAGCGACAAUUUGCCGCCACGGAGAGCAACUACGUGAAUCUCUUCAACUGGUAUACGUUCUUGGAGAAGACGACGCCCGACGGUAUCCCGGCAUGUGAGGUGACCUUCGGUGGCUGCGUGGAGAACCAGUCGAUGGAGUAUCUUCGCUAUCUCAUGAUGGAGGUGGUGGCGGGCGUCGUGCGCUGGCAGACAGCGGUGGGGCACAACAAAUUCCGUUUGACGCACGGUUGAAGUGACGCCAACAAAAGAGGAGGGCCACGUUGUGCAUGGCAUGUGUAGUGAUGUAGUCGCCCGAGAUGAAGGGGAAGUGGCCCCCUGUAGUAGUAUUUAAAAUUUUUCGCAAAUAAAUUGGAUGAAAUGUCGGCUAGUGAGUGACGAACAAGGAGUUCGAAACAUAAGUGCAGGAAGAUCGCUGUGAGCGACGCGUUUCAGUGGUCGCAAUGGACUCCGGCGAAUAGAGCUUAGG